AUGCGCUGGUCGGAUGGUCCAACUGAUGCGUCCAUCUUUUGGUUGAAUGGCGAAGCUGGAAUUGGAAAGUCCACCAUAGCCCGGACGGUUGCACGCAUGUGGGCCGAUGAGAAACGGCUUGGAGCGAGUUUCUGCUUUGUAAGGGGUUGGGGAGACAUGGCUCAUGCUUCGAAAUUCUUCACUACCCUCGCCUAUCAGUUGGCGUGUGUGCACCCUAACAUUGCCACCGGUGUGUAUAAAACACUAUGCGACUACCCUGAUGUCCCCCGGCAAAGCCUCAGGGAGCAAUGGAAAUAUCUCAUCCUUGAACCACUUUCUCGACUGGAUGGUGUAUCCCACCCACAGUCAUUGAUACUGGUUAUUGAUGCGCUGGAUGAGUGCGAUGACGAAAACGAUAUCGCGCUCAUCCUUCUCCUUCUUUCUCAAGCGGGAACUCUCAAGUCCGUGCGGUUGCAAGUAUUUAUAACUAGCAGACCGGAAGCUCAGAUUCGCUAUGGCUUCGACAAUAUACCGAAAGCUUGCUUUACAGUUUUUGAACUUGAUACAAUCACAAGCCUAUCCCGUCUCGUUGAGAAAGCAGAUGGACUGGCCUGA